AUGUACUCAGCAUGCCAACUCAGCCUCGGCACUGCAAUGCAGCGCUGUGCAUUUGGCCAAGUCAUGCCACACUCUCACACACCCACACACACACUGACACCGCACACACGUGCACUGAUCUCUGUGAGACAACAUGUGUUGUGUGUGUGUGUGUGUUUGGAGUGUGUUUCCGGUUGAUUGUCAACCUUGCAGUGUUUGGGUCUCUGCAGCGGCGAGCUGCGAUGUCUCUCAGCCUCUGCAGGGCAGUUAGCCGCAUUAGCUCCCUGCUUGUCCUCAGAUGACUCCUCCUCCUCCUCCUCUUCCUCCUCGGCUGUCUGCUGUAUCCCUGCCUUCCCCCUCCUCCUCCUCCACUCCUGUGACACACCAGACGAUGCAUUGACUGAGCGGAGGAGAAGAAGAAAACCUCUCCCAGCCUGCCAGCCGUCCUGCCUGCUGCAUGGAGACGGAGAGGAGGAAGAGGAGCAGAAGGAGAACAUUGACCAGAACUCUGCAGGACCAGGUGAGUCCGGCGUGGAACCGUGGGGAGCCUGAGUGAGGUCUGCUCAGUCUGGACUGAAGUAAGGGAGGACCGCCCAGCCAACCGGGGACGUCCCUCUGGCAUCCACAAUACUUUUCUGCUGGGGUCGUUGGUGUCCAUCGCAAGCGGUUGCUUGUGUACAGUUCUUCAUAGGAUCCUCUUGCAUUCCGCCAGACCUGCUGCCAGCUCCUGAACCACCUGAACCUCCCUUGGCUCCUGAACCACCUGAACCUCCCUUUGCUCCUGAACCACCUGAACCUCCCUUGGCUCCUGAACCACCUGAACCUCCCUCGGCUCUGACCUCAUGGAUGUGAAACCUUUGUCAGGACUCUUGCGCAGCAUUCCCGACACUUAACCGCACCCGGUGUUGACCCCUGUUCCAGUUUCCUGUCCUGCAGAGCGCUGCAUCCAUCAUGGCGGAGGGGCUGCUGCAGGUAGAGAUCCCGGACUUCGGCAGUAACGUGUUGGGCAGCCUGAACGAACAGCGGCUGCUGGGCCACUACUGCGACGUCUCCAUCCUGGUCCAGGGACAGGCCUUUAAGGCACACCGGGCCGUCCUGGCGGCCUCCUCACUCUACUUCAGAGACCUCUUCAGCUCUGUGGCGGACCCCUCCUCCUCCUCUUCCUCACUAUCCUCCUCCCAGGCCGUCUUUGAGCUUCCGUCGUCGGUGACGCCGGCGUGUUUCCAGCAGAUCCUGUCGUUCUGCUACACCGGACGGCUCAGCAUGGCCGCCAGCGAGCAGCUGGUGCUCAUGUACACCGCCGGCUACCUGCAGAUCCAGAACAUCGUGGAGCGAGGCAUGGAGCUGAUGAUGAUGAAGGCGUCCUCCUCAUCCUCUCCGCUGUGCUGCGACUCUCAGACGACUUCAGCAGAUGAACUGGGGGGGUUUGAUGCCCCCGUGCCACAGCAGCAGCACAGCGCCCCCCAGCUGCAGGAGGUCAGUCCUGACCAGCCGUCUCUGAGCCCGGAGGAGCUGCUGCUGGCUGUCAGCAGGAUCAAGCAGGAGAGAUCCGACACGCCUCCGGCUGAGGAGAGCGGAGGAGCGGAGGAGGCCAGAGCGGACGUGGAGCUGCAGUCCUCCAGGAGCGGCGCGCUGUGCUACCUGAGCGCAGGAGGCGGUCUGGUUCCGGGGCUGCAGUCGUACCUGCUGGCCGGCGCCGGGCGGUCCAGUCCGGGAGGGUCCAGCGUCCCCACUGACUCGCCUCCCUCCCAACCGCCAACCGAGGAGGAACUGGAGGAGGAUUACUAUGGCAACGCAGUUCAUCCGGGACUGUACCAGCACAUCUAUGGUCACACUGGAAACCCUUACAUUCAGGAAAAGCUGGAGCUGCUGCCCCUCCCAUUGGCUAAUGAACGCCGGCCCUGCGUUCUGGUUGGCCGGGACAACAUGGCUCUGCCCGCCAGCCUGAUCAGCCAGAUCGGCUACCGGUGCCAUCCGUCGCUCUACGCCGAGGGGGAUCCUGGAGAGAAGGUGGAGCUGGUGGCAGGUUCAGGUGUGUUCAUGACGAGAGGUCAGCUGAUGAACUGCCACCUUUGUGCCGGGGUCAAACACAAGGUGCUGCUCCGGAGGCUGUUGGCCACGUUCUUCGACAGAAACACCCUGGCCAAUAGCUGCGGAACAGGGAUUCGCUCGUCCACCAACGAUCCGAGUCGGAAGCCUCUGGACAACCGAGUGUUAAACACGGUCAAAUUGUACUGUCAGAACUUUGCUCCCAACUUCAAGGAAAGUGAGAUGAACGUCAUUGCUGCUGACAUGUGUACAAACGCUCGCAGAGUCCGUAAGCGCUGGCUCCCAAAGAUCCAGUCGCUCCUCCCUGAUGGCCUCCCUUCCUCUGCAUCAUCCCACCCCCGUAAGGGGAAGAGAGGAGGAGCAGGAGGAGCAGGAGGAGCAGGAGGAGCAGGAGGAGAGCGGCCCAGUGGCAGCCCCUUUGAGCUGGACUUGCGGCAGCUCAGCGCCUCCUACCUCAGCCUGGAGGCGCCGGUCUACACGGAGCGUCGUGAGAGGGAGGCGGCAGGGGAGAAGGAGAAGGAGGCCCACCUUCCUCACCUGCAGUUCGCCGGCUCUCGGGGAGGAGAAGGGGGGCCGGAGGAGGAGGAGGGGCCGAUGGGGGGGGAGGCAGAUGGGGAGGAGAAGCAACAGACUGAACAGCCCCCAGACCUGCCCCUCUCCCUGUCCUCCUCCCUGUCCUCCUCCUCCUCCUCCACCUCCUCCUCACACCCCUCCCCUCAGCCUGCAGAGUCCGCCCCCCCUCACAGGGGAUUGGCUGACACAGAUAUGAGGGGGGAUGGGCCUACGGAAGACAGCCAAUAAGCAUCCUAAUGCAUCUGCCUACCUGUCUGUAAAUAAAACAAUAGCUACCUGGCUCCACCUCUCCGUCUACCUCCCAGUCCACCUGUGUGUCUCCACCUGUGUGUCUCCACCUGUGUGUCUCCACCUGGGGUCUUCCUGUUUGGUCACAUAUUUAUUCACUUGCCCCACUUUUCAGCCUUGACUCUGUCUGUCUACCUCUGAUCUUUUAUUUGUCCUUCAGUUCAUCCACCUCUACCUCACUUCCUGUCCACCUUUCUCUCCCUCUACCUCACUUCCUGUUCACCCGUCUCUCCCUCUACCUCACUUCCUGUCCACCCGUCUCUCCCUCUACCUCAUUUCCUGUCCACCUGUCUCCCCCUCUACCUCACUUCCUGUCCACCUGUCUCUCCCUCUACCUCACUUCCUGUCCACCUGUCUCUCCCUCUACCUCACUUCCUGUCCACCUGUCUACCUCUGCUCCUGUCUGUCCACCUGUCCGUCUGCUUGGCUCUGCUGCAUGUCGACAGCCUUCUGCAGUCCAGCACACAGGCCCAUAGCAACAGGACUGAUGAAGAUGAUGAUGACUAUACUCUUUGAUGAUGAUAAUAAAGCUUGUUGAUGCUCAGGUUUCUUUGAGUCGA